AUGGGAUGCACAUACACAAAAACAACUGAGUUUGAAAAGAAACCACAGAGAGGCCGACUGAGGGCGCUGUUUGGACGAGAUCACAAACGUACCAAGGUUCAAAUCAUUCACAUUGGAAAUUCUGUAGGAGUGCCAGUCGGUGAGGGCACGCCAAUGAUCAAUUUGACACGGAAGACCGAGCAGAUCGUGCUUAUGCAGCUGAGAGAAGAGGGGAUAAUACCAAACAAGGGAUUAGGAGGCGUGGCUUUCACUGUGGAUUUGAAUGAAGAAAGGUCAGACCAAACAACUUCAAAUGACGUCUAUAAUCAACUACCUGGAGUUCCACAAUACACACAGAAUACUAUAAAGCCAGUCUCAUUACGACCGCGAAAGUUACCUCCCCUUACCACCAGGAGUGUAAAGUUACCUCCCAAAAAACGAGAAGCAGAUGCAGAAGUUUUUAGGAACGAAGCACUACGACGGAAAGGCAAAAUGGCGCGACUGUCUGAUCACAGACGAGAAUUGGCGGCAGCCAAAAGAGAGGCAAGACAAGCAGAAAAACAAAAAAGACUGGAAGCAAAGAUGAUGACACAUCCCUCACGUGAAAACUGCGAAAUGGACAAGGUCAAGGUCGAUGAGAAAUUAGAAAGAGCACGAAUCAACAGAGAGUCUAAAGCAAAAGAACGGCGGGAGAAAAUAUGUAAAAAGAUGGCAAGAGUUAUAAUAACUGAUCAUGAGAACCCAAACAGGCUAUCAACAGAGGAGAAAUUAGAGCGUGCUCGGAAGAAUAGAGAAAAACGAUUGGAAGGAAUGAGGGAGAAAUGGGAAAAGAAAGAGAGAAAGAUCGAAGCAAUUAAAAGAAGCAAAAGUGUUAACAAAGCUACAAAAUCAUUAUCUAAAUUAGAAAUAUAG